AGAUUAAACGAUUUUCUCCGCGGUCCGGCAACACAGUGUUCUGUUUUUCCUUCCACAAGUAGCGCUAUCAAAACGUGAACAGUUGCACAAAAAUAUUGAAAAAUACGGUUCCGCAGGACCAAACCCCAGCUCUGCGAUGGCUCAUAACUAUAUUGUGACCGCCCAGAAGCCAACGGCUGUCACGGCGUGCGUUACCGGCAAUUUCACCUCGACGUCUGAUUUGAAUCUGAUUGUGGCUAAAAGUUCUCGAUUGGAAAUCUACCUUGUCACUCCGGAAGGGUUGCGCCCCAUUAAGGAAAUCGGCAUUAAUGGGAAGAUUGCUGUCAUGAAGCUGUUCCGCCCAGCGGAGGCACAAAAGGAUCUCAUAUUCAUCUUAACCCAUCGCUACAAUGCGAUGAUCUUAGAAUGUGCCGUGCAAGGAGAUGACAUCGAAAUAAUCACCAAAGCCCACGGUAAUGUGGCAGAUCGCGUUGGCAAACCAGCCGAGACUGGCAUCCUGGCAGUCAUAGACCCGAAGGCACGAGUUAUCGGCAUGCGGCUAUACGAGGGUUUGUUCAAAAUUAUCCCCCUGGAUCGAGAUACCCACGAGCUGAAGGCCACCAGUUUGCGAAUGGAGGAAGUUCACGUGCAGGAUGUGGAAUUUUUGUACGGAACUCAACAUCCGACGUUGAUUGUCAUCCAUCAGGACUUGAAUGGCCGCCACAUCAAGACACACGAAAUUAAUCUGAAGGAUAAGGACUUCACCAAGAUUGCUUGGAAACAGGAUAAUGUUGAAACCGAGGCCACCAUGUUGAUUCCGGUGCCAACACCCCUCGGCGGAGCGAUUGUAAUUGGACAAGAGUCGGUUGUGUAUCACGACGGAGACAGUUAUGUGGCAGUAGCUCCACCCAUUAUCAAGCAAAGUACCAUAAAUUGCUAUGCCAGAGUCGACAGCAAAGGAUUCCGCUAUUUGUUGGGCAAUAUGAGCGGUCAUCUUUUCAUGAUGUUCUUGGAAACGGAGGAAAACGCGAAAGGCCAAUUGAGUGUAAAAGAUAUUAAAGUAGAGCUUCUUGGUGACAUUACCAUCCCAGAGUGUAUUACAUACUUGGACAAUGGAGUUCUAUUCAUAGGAUCCCGCCAUGGGGAUUCACAGUUGGUGAAAUUGAACACAACGGCGGGCGACAACGGAGCUUACGUUACCGUCAUGGAAACGUUUACCAAUUUGGCUCCUAUAAUUGACAUGUGCAUUGUAGAUUUGGAAAAGCAAGGUCAAGGCCAAAUGAUCACGUGCUCGGGAAGCUACAAGGAAGGCUCAUUGCGUAUUAUUCGGAACGGAAUCGGUAUACAGGAGCAUGCCUGCAUUGACUUACCAGGAAUCAAAGGUAUGUGGGCGCUGCGUGUCGGUAUCGAUGACAGUCCGUAUGAUAAUACGUUGGUGCUUUCCUUUGUUGGACAUACCCGAAUUCUCACGUUGUCGGGGGAGGAAGUGGAAGAAACGGAAAUUCCUGGAUUCCUCAGCGACCAGCAAACAUUCUAUUGCGCCAACGUGGACUUUGGCCAAAUCAUUCAGGUUACUCCGACGACCGCUCGGUUGAUUCAGUGUGACAACAAAGCAAUGAUUUUCGAGUGGAAACCUCCAGAUGAUAAGCGCAUCAGCGUUGUCGCUUGUAAUUCCUGUCAAAUGGUAUGCGCCACGGCUUAUGAUAUCUAUUACAUUGAAAUUGGUUCGGGAAAGUUGGUACAUAAGAGUACUGUCACGUUGGACUAUGAAGUAGCUUGUUUAGAUAUUUCGCCUUUGGAAGACAGUGCUACUGAGGCGGAAUUGGUGGCGGUUGGCCUCUGGACAGAUAUUUCUGCUUGUAUCUUGAGGUUGCCGAAUUUGGAAAUGGUACACACUGAAAAGCUAGGUGGAGAAAUUAUACCCCGAUCCAUUUUGAUGGCUCAUUUCGAGGGAAUCGUCUACCUGCUGUGUGCUCUUGGCGAUGGAUCAAUGUUCUAUUUCGUACUCGAUAAGAAAACUAACCGAUUGACAGACCAGAAGAAAGUCACCUUAGGCACACAGCCAACGAUUUUGAAAACGUUCCGUUCCUUAUCGACUACGAAUGUCUUUGCUUGCUCAGACCGACCCACAGUCAUCUACAGUUCCAAUCACAAAUUGGUGUUUUCCAACGUCAACUUGAAGGAGGUGAACCACAUGUGUUCCCUGAAUGCAGAAGCUUACCAGGACAGUUUGGCGUUGGCUACGAAGAAUUCCGUUAUUCUGGGAACGAUCGACGAAAUACAAAAGCUACACAUUCGAACGGUUCCGCUGGGCGAGUCGCCUCGUCGGAUUGCUUACCAGGAAGCAUCGCAAACGUUCGGAGUCAUUACGGUACGAACGGACGUUCAAGAUUCCAGUGGCCUGGCGCCGUCCCGACAAAGUGCCUCAACGCAGACUUCGAAUGUGACAUCGUCGACGAAUAUAGCACUACUCAAGCCCGGAGCUAGUAACGCCGAAUUCGGGCAGGAAGUGGAAGUUCACAACUUGCUCAUUAUUGACCAGAAUACAUUUGAGGUCUUACAUGCCCAUCACUUCAUGCAGACAGAGUACGCUAUGUCAUUGAUUUCGGCGAAGCUUGGCAAUGAUCCCAACACGUAUUACAUUGUUGGAACGGCGUUGGUCAAUCCAGAAGAGCCGGAACCAAAGGUGGGACGCAUUAUAAUCUACCAUUAUGCGGAUGGAAAUCUUACCCAAGUCAGUGAAAAAGAAAUCAAAGGUGCCUGUUACUCGCUGGUGGAAUUCAAUGGACGAGUGUUGGCGACUAUCAACUCAACUGUACGAUUAUAUGAAUGGACUGAUGAUAAAGACUUACGACUCGAAUGCAGUCAUUUCAACAACGUGCUGGCACUCUACUGCAAAACAAAAGGUGAUUUUAUUUUGGUCGGCGAUUUGAUGAGAUCCAUCACGUUGCUGCAGUACAAACAAAUGGAGGGCAGUUUCGAGGAAAUCGCACGUGAUUAUCAACCGAACUGGAUGACGGCCGUAGAAAUUUUGGACGACGACGCCUUCCUCGGGGCGGAUAAUAGUAACAAUCUUUUCGUUUGCUUGAAAGACUGCGCUGCAACCACAGACGACGAACGACAACAAAUGCCCGAAGUUGCCCAGGUUCAUCUCGGCGAUAUGGUUAACGUGUUCCGGCAUGGCUCCCUCGUAAUGGAAAAUAUUGGCGAACGUACGACGCCCACUUCUGGAUGUGUACUGUUCGGAACUGUCAGCGGGGCGAUUGGACUGGUUACGCAAAUUCCGGCCGACUACUACGAAUUUCUACGUAAGCUACAGGAGAACCUAACCGAUACAAUCAAAUCAGUAGGCAAAAUAGAUCAUGCUUACUGGCGCAGUUUUCACACAGAGAUGAAAACGGAGCGAUGCGAAGGCUUCAUCGAUGGGGAUUUGGUAGAAAGUUUUCUAGAUUUAAAUCGGGAAAAGAUGCAUGAAGCGGCUCUAGGGCUGCAGAUUGAUGUCGAAGGAACCAAGAAAGAGGCGACGGUGGAUGACAUAAUAAAGAUUGUGGAAGAUCUUACCAGGAUACACUAGACGGAAUUAUCUGUCAUGUUACAAUCUGCCACGGUUACAAACUUGGUCGUUCUGGUGUUGUUGAAGAGAAGACCUGAAGAAGUUAGCUCCCGGGAACGAGUAUGUAGAAAGACGUCCCUCGAAUACCAAGUCAUGCAUUGAGCAAUGUAACCAAACGACACUUGUUUGAAAAAAAGUUGAAGUAAACGUUUAAAUACUAAAACAUUAUUUCUUGUUUCUGAGUAAUAAACGAAAUACAGUGAUCCAUAAACAUGUGA